AUGUCGGUUUUGUUAAAGCGCCUACAUAAGGAGAUAAGAGAUCUCGAAAAAGAACCUUUAGUCGGUAUCUCUCUAGAACCAAAGAAUCCAGAUAAGCCAUACGAUUGGGACGCAAUAAUUGAUGGACCAGAAGGUAGCCCUUAUGAAGAUGGUAGAUUUCAAGUCGCUAUCAGCAUACCUAAUGACUAUCCAUUUUCGCCACCGCAGAUGCGAUUCCUUACUACAAUAUAUCAUUGCAAUAUAAACAAAAUGGGCAGUAUUUGCUUAGAUAUUCUUAAAAACAAGUGGUCACCAGCUCUUAGCUUACAGAAGGUUAUGCUGAGCUUAUCAAGUUUGCUCACAGAUUGCAAUACAGACGAUCCUUUGGAUAUACAAAUAGCUAAGCAUUACAAAGAUAACAAAGAAAGUCAUGAUGAAGUGAGUGUCUGUUAA